UCAAUAAAAUAAUUCAUUUCAGUUUUGUUAAUUGUGUCCACGCGAUAAGCGAGCUAUAAAAGCUCGAUUUAAUCCAUUAGCAACCAUCAGUAACUUGUAGACAAAGGCUCAAUCAACAGAUCAACUCCCCAAAUCAACAGGAGAUCCACGAUGUUCAAGAUCAUAGCUCUGGUUGCCUGUUUGGCUGUAAUUGCCUCCGCCCAGUCUUACGGAGGAGAUUACGGUCACCACGAAGAUCACCAUCACUCUUACCCAAAAUACAAGUUCGAAUAUGGCGUUAAGGAUGGACACACCCACGACCACAAAAGUGCCUGGGAACACCGAGAUGGAGACCACGUGAAGGGACAGUACACCCUGGAUGAGGCUGAUGGAACACAUCGCAUUGUUGACUACAGCUCCGAUCACAAGGGAGGAUUCCAGCCACAUGUUCUGCGCAAAGGACAUGCUCAUCAUCCACACCAUGGUGAAAGUUAUGCCAAUAUUGAACAACACUAUUGAAGAUGAUGAAUAAAUUUGAUUUUGCAUGAAAAUAA